AACACACACGCAUACGCGCAUGCGUACACACACUUUUACCUGGAUAGCUCGUUUUGGAUGAAAGCGAAACCAAAACGGGGGUCAGCGAUGGGCGAAGGUCCUGGAGGAUGGUAGCCAACAGCGCGGUCGAAGACCAGCUCCACUCGUCCAGCUGCUCCUUGGACGAGGAGCCAGACGGGGAGCAGCCUGGGCGACGGGACGAGGUGCUGAGCGCCAAGCCCAAGUUGGUGUCCAAGUACCGCACGCACUUCCCCACCUUCAACUGCAAGGAGGACUGCCGCAUCAUCAUGGACACGGCGUCCCAGCUGGAGCUGAGCGGCUUCUACUGGGGUCCUCUGGGCGUGGACGAGGCCCACCGCCUGCUGAGUGACGCCGCGCCGGGCAGCUUCCUGAUUCGGGACAGCCGGCAGGCGGACGUCUUCUUCACGCUGUCCUAUCACGCCAAGAGCGGGCCGGUCAGCGUGCGCAUUGACUACAAGCGGCAGAAGUUCUCGCUGGCGGGCAACGAGCGUGCCUUCGCCUCGCUCUUCGCCAUGUUGGAGCACUACACGCGCUCGCCAAGGCGGAGCCUGCGGGCGCCGUACAGGAAGUGGAAGCCCACGCUGCAGGAACUGUGCCGGCGCCGCGUCAUGGAGCUCUGUGGCGAAGGCGCCGCCUUGUCCCAGCUGCCGCUCACCAACGUGGUGCACGACUUCCUCAAAGAGUUUCCCUACAACUUAUGACUUUUGUUUUGAAACUGGGACUUUUAUUUUGAAACUAGGACUUUAUUUUUCUACUCCCAAUUAUGACUUUGUGUCACGAAACGCACAAACCGUAAAGAUGAAGACGUUAUUGUUCAUGAUUAUGAUGAACUAUUGCACUGGCAUGCGCUCACAGGUCUCGGAAGGCACAUAACAAAACGGAUGACGUGCUGUCCUCAGGACUCGGACAAAUGUCGUUUUUUUGUGUAGCCAAUGACAAAACUCUAAUUAUUAUUAAUAUUUGAAUGUUGAUGUCACACUUUAUUAAUAUUUGAAUGUUGAUGUCACACAUUAUUCAUUUUUGAAUGUUGAUGUAACAUAUUAAUAUUUGAAUGUUGACGUCACAUAUUAACAUUUGAAUGUUGAUGUCACAUAUUAAUAUUUGAAUGUUGACGUCACAUAUUGAUAUUUUAAUGUUGACGUCACAUAUUGAUAUUUUAAUGUUGACGUCACAUAUUAAUAUUUAAAUGUUAAUGCAACACAUUAUUAAUAUGUGAAUGUUGACGUCACAUUAUUAAUAUUUAAAUGUUAAUGUCACACAUUAUUAUGUGAAUGUUGACGUCACAUUAUUUGAAUUUUGACGUCACAUAUUACUAUUUGAAUGUUGACGUCACAUAUUAAUAUUUGAAUGUUGACGUCACAUAUUAAUAUUUAAAUGUUAAUGCCACACAUUAUUAAUAUGUGAAUGUUGACGUCACAUAUUAUUAAUAUUUAAAUGUUAACGUCACACAUUAUUAAUAUGUGAAUGUUGACGUCACAUAUUAAUAUUUAAAUGUUAAUGUCACAUAUUAAUAUUUGAAUGUUGACAACACAUAUUCAUAUUUGAAUGUUGUCACACAUUAUUUUUUGAAUGUUGACGUCACAUAUUACUAAUAUUUGAAUGUUGACGUAACAAGUACUGCAGUAGUUCAUUGUACCGUGUAGUCGAGGUAGUGCCUCUAGUUCAACUGUCUGCCAAGCAGAUACUUUUGUCAAAAUCUGUUAUAUUUUUUUAAUGUAAAUAUAUUUUGUUUUUCAUAACAAUAAAUAUUGAAAGUACUCACUGCUCCUUACUGGUUUACUUUUGUCACGCUAAGUUGCACAGGGUUAUUUAUAACACAAUCAUCAAAGUGAUUCUCCGUGUGUAAAGAAAGGUGG